ACUCGAUAGCAUCACACAAAAUGAAGCUAUUUGGACUGCUCUGCGUAAUGUUAGUACUUCAAGAAAGUACUCUGGCUGUUUUACAAAACGGAUUUGCAUUCAAGACGUCCUUAUGCGAGGGUAAAAAUGGUGGACUCUUGCCCAUGUUUGGAUCCUGUAAAGGAUAUUACGUGUGUGCUGAUGGAAACGCUGUGACCGGUACUUGUGAAAAGAAUACAUUGUUCAAUCCCUUAACAUUGCACUGCGAUGAUCCUGACAAUGUGGAUUGCAUUUUCGAUGCCAAGGACAAUGUUAAUGACGACACGUCGAGUUCUGAAAGUGAUGAAGACGAUGAUGAGGAAAUGGCCAAAACUGAUCCUCCCGUUACUGUCAAACCGACGAAAAAGCCGCGUCCUACAAUCCUUGAAAAAAUGUGUGCUGGCAAGAAGGAUGGAGUGAUGCUUACCAAGAGCGGGUCCUGCCAGGAUUAUUACGUUUGCAAAUCAAAAAAACACCAUCUACUCUCUUGUCCUGGCAAACAACAUUUUAGUCCAACUCGUCGCAUUUGCAUGAAGGCGUCAGAAGCCAAGUGUUCGGUUGGAUCCCAAGAAAAUAAAGAAUCGGAUGGUCCUGCCAUCACGGGAGGAGUGUGUUCAGAUGAAAAGGAAAACUCCCUUGUUGCUCAUCGCAGUGAUUGUGGCAAGUUUAUGCUGUGCAGCAACAUGAUGUUUUUGGUAAUGGACUGCCCAAUUGGCCUGCAUUUCAAUAUAGCCACAUCACGAUGCGAUUAUCCCAAGAUUGCAAAAUGCCAGACGAAGCUAAAUGAAAGCAAAUCCAAGUCAAAGAAACCUGUGCGCAAGUCGAAAAAACGUCGAUUCUAACUAUAUUUUUUUAAGACCCCAAUAAAGUGCUUGAAUUAUAAUAA